AGAGCUGACUUCCGGCCGUCAAUGGCAAGUGUGCUCCAUACUAUAGGCAGGAGGAAUGGGAAAGGUUGCCGUUACCCUUGUCCCUUACUCAUAAAGAACAUGACGUCACGUACUUUAAGGACACGUUUAAAAAAUUGCUGAGAAAUUUCGGCUAAUAGGAAGAGAAGAAUGUAAUGGCGGGUAUACCGUUAAGUACUCGAGAGCAAAAACAAGGCCUGACUCACAGUCAAGUUCAGGUCGAUUCUUUGUGGACAAUUUGCAACGACGCCAAACUUGCCCAUCCAUUUUUGGAUAUCCAUGGUACUUUGAAUAAAUACAGAAUUAGACUCGCUCGCUUUUCCUAUGGUCUCCAUAGUGAUAUGCUUUACAUACUGAUGAGAGAUCGAUAAAGAAACCUUCAUAUUCCAUUUACGUGGAUAACUGUAACAAGUAUGGGACCUCACAGAUACCGACGACAUUUCUUCGUUGAAGUUUUUAAUGGCAGAUCAAGCUUCAUCGAUCUUGGAUUGUGCAUCACUGCUAGACCAGCACCUCGAACUACUAGGCCUCUAGCAGGACUUCCCAAUCCGUAUCCGUACGGCUGUUCUGUACUAUGCAAUCAUCCAAAGGAUCCGGAGCUGAAGGAUGUCAUAUGGAGACCUAGAAUACCUUUGACGCAAGAAAGCGGAGCGGAGCAUUAUGAAAAUGCUAAAAUUCUAAAGAGAAAUAACCGUACGGGUUCCUCAAGCGAUGUGGGCAGCAUUUAUCAUCACAGUUGGGAGCAAAAGAUAGUAUCAAAUGCACUGGGAUCGUACGCUGAAAAGGACAGAGCUUAUCCCACGACAUCCUCGGGGAAUCAACUGGCGAUACGGAGAUGUGCAAGCGGUGGGCCUUCGCCAGUGGAAAGGCGAUUGCCUAAAACCGAAGGAAUGCUCGUACUGGAUUUACGUCCAUGGAAAAGCUUUGACAACGUUAGCACUAUAACGGACGGUCCACAUGAACCGCUCGACAAUUUUGAGCGUUUCGAGCUAAAGAGUCCUCGAACUAGAGUGCACGACAAGCCAGGCCGCCUGACAAGAGCCGUAAGGAGACCGGAAACUUUCUUGUCAAAGUCUUUCAAAGAGGGUAAGAAGUUGCCGAAGCAGUUGUCUUCGAAAGGUGGAAGAGGACUUCGCAGUUCUGACUCGAUGAUUGACGAAAACGCGUUUGCCGGCUACGAUGCAAAUAAUUUAUCCGAUUCCAUGCGGGAAAUUGAUCUGGGAGACGGUUCCCCCCCAACAAAAAUUGAGGACGAGCAGGUUCUUCACGAAACCAAAUUAAACGAAACUUUACGGAACGAUGUACUAGAUGUUCAACCAUCUGAGGUUUGUGGAAUGUCGAGUGACACCAAGCAACAGUCCCUUGAAGAUCUUGAGGAAAGUCUCCGUAAUAUCCAACUGCAAGAUGAGGACAUCAAUGAGGACAUCUUAUAUCAAGUUGAAAAGACAACCAUUGCCGAAGACAUGACAUGGCUCUAUUUUCCCCGAGCUGGAAACAAUUUCGGAGCUCGUUUUGAAUUGCCGAUAGAUUUACGAAAGCUAAAAAUAAUGACUCCUCUUGAGUACUUAUCCCAAUACGUGGUGGCGACGCGUUGCCGUCAAAGACUAAACGAUGUUGUUUUCGAACGACACGCCACGGACUCGAAGCUUCCAAGUGAGAAGCUCUUUUCGUCGCUAACUGAAAUUCUCGGUUUUCCUUUGGAUUCCCAAGCCGAAGAGAAAUUAUCCAAUUUGAUCGACUUGGUUUCUGUUUCUCAAUUGAGUCGGGAGCAAUUUGCUGGCAUCGGGGCACUAGCUGAACGCAUUGGACGUAGUGGCAUCAGUCGGAGGGACGAUCUGGAGUUGGCAGACUUCAAUCUUCUGCAUCAAAAGAUGACCUAUUUAGAAAUGGGCCAACUUCUCCGCCGUCUAUUUAUGUUCAUUUGUGAAAUUGAUUUUUCGUCACCAACUUAAAAAAUACAUAAAUAAAUAAAUAAAAAGGAAAUUUAUAGUACAUGAUCAGUUUACAUUUUAUUGAAUAUUUACCGUAUUCCGAUAUCAAGUUAGGUACCUCUUUCUUGACCAUAGUAUUCUAAUAAGGGCGGACUAUAAUAAUAACGUUUGUUGAAACAAAAUGUGAAUAUGACCAUGUUUUCCACAGAUGCUUAGAUUAUAAUAUUUACACAAGACUCAGAGCACUGAACUAGCUCGCGCAAAUUUUACAUACAAACAUCGCUCACAUUCGACAGACCAGAAGGAAAGAAAAUAAACAAAAAUUUUGAUGCGCUCUUCUUGUUCAAGUUAGGAAAAUGGAGACGAACAGAAAAAAAGAGCAUAUACGAAUCUUCUGAAUCAUUUUUUUUUCCAGAAACUGGGACAAGUUUUGAAAUAACAUUUUGGACAUUUUUAGUUAUUUUUCAAACCCAAUUAACCAAGAAUUGCUUUAUUCUGAUAUGGGUUUCAGACGAUCUUGAAAUUUGAAUCGCUACUGAAGGGGGAAAUAAACAGACGAGAAUCCUGAUAAUUACGGGGAAAUUACGCAAGAAAAAGAAAAAUAUAGUGUAAAAAAAAAAAAAUUCCAUCUUCUUAAUAACCGAAAGCAAGAGAUUGGC